AUGAACCAAAGUGCCGUUCUUAUUUUCUGCCUUAUCCUUCUGACUCUAAGAGGAACUCAAGAAAUACCGCUCUCUAGGACUACACGCUGUACGUGUAUCGAGAUCAGUGAUCGACCUGUUAAUCCAAGGUCCUUAGAAAAACUUGAAGUGAUUCCUGCAAGUCAAUCUUGCCCACGUGUUGAGAUCAUUGCCACAAUGAAAAAGAACAGGGAGAAAAGAUGUCUUAAUCCGGAGUCUAAGACCAUCAAGAAUUUACUGAAAGCAAUUAGCAAGGAAAGGUCUAAAAGAUCUCAAACAAAGAAAGAGGCAUAA